GCCCUGCAGAUCUCAGUCAGCUGUUGCAGCAUUACUUCGGCUUCCUCCAUGGUCUCCGCACCGGCCAGGAUGUCGUCCAUGUAGACGUCGCUCAGCAGGAUGAGGGCUCCUUUCGGGUAGCGAUGUCCUUCGUCCUCGGCUAGUUGUCGUAAAGUGCGGAUCGCUAGAUAAGGAGCACAGGAUAGACCGUUUUGAUCGUCGGGGUGCACCAGUAUCUGCCUAUACAUCUUUUCGAUGUCAGUCGCGAAGACGUAGCGAUGACGUCGCCAGCGCAGCAGGAUGUCGGCUAGCGAAGGCAGUAGAUUCGGACCAGUUGCUAAAUAUCUAUUGAGGGAGUCUCCGUUCGGCAAGGAGCUCGAGCCGUUGAAGACGACCCUCAGUUUGGUUGAUGAGCUGUCCGGACGCAAUACCCCGUGAUGAGGCAGGUAGCAAGCCCCCGGAUGCGAUUCAGUUGACGACGGAGCAGGCCUCAUGUGUCGCAGCGCUCGGCGGGCAGCGCGGAUUGUUCCUGAGAGGUCCGGCAGAGAGUCAAUAGUGGGCAGGCGCACGAUAUACCGGCCGUCUGGAGAGCGAGUAUGAUGUCGGCGAUAGUGCUCUUCGCACUCCAGUUCGGCCUUGGUGAGGAUCGGAGAUGGCCUACGAACUUCCUCCUGCUCCCAGAACCGCCGAACCAAGCAGGUGAUGUCCUCCUCGAUUUGGCAAUGGCCCUCGCGGAUGAUUACUCCGUAGACGUCGGCGCCCAGCAGAAGAUCUACUGGAUCCGCGGAACGGAAUUCUGGAUCGGCGAGCUCCAGGUCCUUAAGAUGGGUCCAGGACUGCAGACUUUGGCGGCAUCCUCCGGCGAAGAGAGUGAGCUUCGGCAGGAUCAAGGCGGCGACGGAGUUGGACUGGUCGCCGUUGUGCGCUCUAAAAGUCUGGCUGCCUGGUUCCUGCCAAUGAUGGACUGGAAGAGGUCUCGGAACGAAGGCCAAUCUUCGUACUUCCCGGUGAAGGUCGGCGGUUGAAUCUUAGGCAAUGCGGUCCGAGGAGCGGCGGCCGGUGUCGCUGCCGAACUUGGUCUGGAUGUAUGCUCUUGUCGUUGGAGAGCGCUCUUCAGAUCGAGCAUGAGGCCCUUGUUCUGCAGCUUCUCGAGGUUUUGAAGCCGGGCCUCCACCGCGCCGAGGGUGAUAUUGGCCUCGCCGAGCUUCCGAAGGUUCUCGUACGCGCGCGAGAUUUUGCCGUAUAGCACUGUGGCUGUGGCAAUGAUUGCCUUAGUGUCUGUCAUGUCUAAAACUGUUUCUCUUUU